GGCCCGCCGCGCGCCAGUCGCCCGCCAACCGCCACGCCGCACGCGACGCACACUCCAUCCUAUCUACACCCGUCACUAUGCAGUUUGAAUACGACCCCGAGCGGCUCAUCGACGAGGUGAAGAAGCGGCCCGGCAUCUGGGACCACGACUGCGCCGAGUACCGGCUGAAGCACACGCGCCAGAAACUCUGGCAGGAGAUCGUCAAGGAGCUCAGUCAGAACAAUGGCAGCUUGAGCAAGAGCGAAAUGCGCGAGUUAGAAUUACAACUGCAGAAGAAAUGGAAGAGCAUCAGGGACUGCUUUCAAAAGUACAUAGCCAACCCGAACCGAACCAAACGACCGUACAUUUACAUGAAGAGACUGCAGUUCCUGCUGAGAGACGACGCGCCGCCCGCGGCCAACAGCAGCGAGUCGGAGGAAGACGCGCGGCCCAAGAUGCGCUGGAAGAAGACCCUCAAGCUGAAGACGAGCAACUCGGACGACGAGAGCCAGUACGUGCAGUACGACGACAUGACGUACUCGGACGGCGAGGCGGCGGCGGAGCAGGCGACUCCUGCUAAAGUGAGCAAGGUGGACGCGGAGCAGUUCACGUUCGCGAGCGUGGACGUGCUGGGCAAGAGCGAGGAGGCGGAGAGCGACCGGCUGUUCCUGCUGUCGCUGCUGCCGCACCUGCGCAGCGUGCCCGACGAGCGCCGCCUGCACGUCAAGAUGGAGCUCAUGCAGGUGCUGCAGACCGCCAACACCAACGCGAUACGACAUCAUAAGAUAUUAUAGUUUAGUGCAUUCCAACGUUACCAACAUUACCAUUUGUUUUUAGUAUAUAAGGGCCUAAGUGUAAUUUAAGUUUUUGUUAAUUAAUAAGAAGAAGCUGUUGUGAUUUGAAUUUGUUUAGUUUUGUAAAAUAAAUGACUUUACCACUAAGAACUAACAUCAC